GGCUUAAUGCAAUAGAAUCAUGCAUUAAAAGCCUAUUAGACAGUCCUUUUUAUCUCUAUUGGCGGUGGUCGAACCUUAGAAUAUUGCAAUAUGGUCGUCAAGGUAGCAUUUGACAAGUUGGUGGAAACACUUGCAGUAUAUUUGAGAUUCACUGUGAGAGCAAGGCUUUUCAUAUCUUCUAGGUGAGAACAUAGGUUGACUAAAGUGGUUAAAAUGUUUCAAGACAGGCAGUUUGUCUUGUCCUCUCUAUUUUCACUGUUUGUCGUUACCUGGCAAAACACACACUUGAUCUACAGGUCAACCUGCAGAAAAGAUUCGUUGUUUAAAACAACAAAUCGAGAUCGAAUCUUAGUUGGGAAUUCAGAGAGUUUGAUUUCUUCCAUCAGCGUCGGAAACUUGCCACUCUGUAUCCGCCAGUGCAUCAGGACACCUCGUUGUUCCUCAAUAAACUAUAAUACCAAUCUUGGAUCUGAUCAAGGAAGUAAUUGUCAGCUGCUAUCCAUAAAAUCAUCUAGCACCGAUGCAACAUUCUCAAGCUUGGCUGGAUGGAUCCAUUCCGAACCGGUUUCGAAGCCCGGACCACGGUGCGCAAUCAAUCCUUGCAAUCCAGGAUACCGAUGCACAGAUACCUGUGAUGUCAGCUCAGGAUACAGGUGUACUGAAAUAAACGAAUGUGAAAGCAAUCCUUGCAUUAAUGGAGGCGUCUGUAAGGACUAUGUGAACCGGUUUUCGUGCUUGUGUCCGCGCAAUUAUAUGGGAUCAAGAUGCCAACUCGGCAACAUUGCAUUACAUAGACCAACAAUGCAAUCAUCUAGCUGGGAUGGGUUUGAUUCCAGCGGUCGAGCAGUUAAUGGGCAGACAGGAACAGACCACGGUGCCGGGUAUUGUACACAUACCAAUGAACAGUACCAGCCUUGGUGGCGUGUCGACCUUGGUACAAAGUAUUCCGUUGGCACCGUGAAAGUAACUAACCGUGGAGACUCCAAUGCUCAUAGACUUGCAAAUUUCUAUAUUUUUGUUGGUGAUAAAACUUGGAGCGUAAGAACCAACUCAUUAUGCCGUCGAUACUAUGGUUACCCAAGCCUCGGUGCAACGGUUACAUUACCGUGCUCAUCGAUUGUUUCCGGGCGUUAUGUGUUCAUUUCGCUCCCCGGUACUAAUUUUUUAACCCUUUGCCAGGUUUUUGUAUUCGCCCGGGAGUGAGAAUCUUUUCGGGUUACAGUUUGGAUUGCCGGAUCAUUUGAAUGUAGCUACAUAAAAGCGUAGAUAUAGAUUUGGUAGCUCUCUUUUAUGGUUUUAAUGCUAGAACUGCAAGAAAAAUGGCUUGGAGAUGGUAUAGAGGUCAAAGAAGCAGAAGUACGCUGCCAUACUUCAAUGCCCAGUUGAAAUUAAUUAAUUAUAAGUAAUUCAUUUAUAAAAAAAUAGCUAAUAUCAAGACCUGUUAUGCUUUAGAUUCGCAAUUUUCCCCAUACCAUUGCAAUACUUUAAAAAUGGCAAUCGUAUCUAGAUAUGGUGAAUUUUUCAAAAUUGUCGAAUUUCCAUACUCGCGUGAUAUUCAAAUUUAAAACAACUGAAAUAUGCAAAGUUUUAGUUUUGUCGGGUAACAGCUAUUAUUGACUUGAAAUUUUCUUAAUUUUAAACCCCUUGGAUGUGAAGGUUUCUCGUGGCUAGGUUUACAACGCUGUAUUUUCUUAACAACGUAAAAUCGAGGUCAUGUUCCACGGUAGAUUUGUGGCCUAUCUUGCAGCCAAAGUUUGGAACGAUCUAGAUGCAGCAACAAAUUGGCACCCUCUAUACACUGCUUUGAUUUUAGACUGAAAGCUAGGAGUGUGUCAAUCGUGAAGCCACUCUAUCUUCGUUUCUCUACUUUUUCUUUUUAUUGUAAAUUAGAUUGUUAUUAUUUAUUUAGUUUUAGUAAAUUUACUUUGUAAAUAGACUUUUUUGAACAGGGGCCAAUUCUAAAGCAGAAACCAGUUUCUGAAUUGCAACCCUGUAUAAAUAUGUUCAAAAUGGAAAAUGAAAAUGAAAUGAUAUCUUAACGAAAGUUUGCUACUGAAAAAGUACAUCGUUUCUCGAGGUAUAAUGGGUGAGAGGCUAGAGUCAUUUCGUUGAUAAGAAAAAAUAGAUAAUUUCGUUGACAUUUUUUAUGAUGUUUUAUUACUUCAAACGUAUUCUGUAAUUGAGAAUAAAGAAAGUUUAGCCCCACAAAUGCCCCCUCUUGGGGCUACAAGCACAUUUCCCCUGAAUAUGUUUUUGUUAGUCACCUACCAGCCAAUUAGCGGCGAGUUGGGACUCGUCCUUCCCAUACAAACCUUUGAAAUUUCCUUCUGGUGCUUAUGCAAGAAACCAUUUACACGGAGCAAGUGGGAUCCUGCUCUGGGCCCCUUGAUAUGAAACUUUCCCAUGUAGAAUCUAAACUAGCUGGCAGGUGGGACAAAGUUAUUAUUCGUGCGCCUGCAUUCCAUACACGUUUUCUUUUACCCUGGAUGCCAGAGCCACAAAAUUUCGAGCACUGAAAUGGAAAACCAAGCGGAGAAGCGGAGGAGCAUUCUCUAGCAACCAGGGUAGUUUUCUUUAUAAGAACAAUUGGCAACUGGCGUUUCUUUUCUUGCAUAAUUUCAGCCUCGCCUGUUUCUUAUUUCGUUUCUUAUUUGUAACUGAUAUCGAUGAUGUUGAGCUGAUUUCAUCAUAAUAAGUUUGUUUGAUUGUUGUUUCAAUGCUAUUUUGCUUUGGUUUAGUUAUGAUGAUUUUAAGUAUUAUUCUAGCACUUUACAUGUAUAUGUUAUGACAUUAUUAUAAAUACUGAAGAUUCUGCACGAUCAGAUGAAACCGGUACCAAAAAAGUGUUAUUUCUGCGAUUAAAUCUAUAUUGCAAGUAUUUAUAAAUAUAUAUAUAUAUUUAUAUAUAUUAUAAAUUUGAUAAUUUAAUUAAAUACCAGCUUUAAGUGUUAAAGUAACUCAAAAGGAAAUUAAAAUAAGAUCAGAUGAAAGAAACUGAAAAAAGGGUUUAAAGUACGCACGAAUAUUUGCAUCAAGCUCACUUAGGUUAUGACUCUAAGAAAUUGGCUCUAAAAAGUAAUUUUUUGUUUUACUUUUGAAGGAUAUUUUAUUUUUUAGCUUUUUUCAGAUCUAGUGGCAGAGAAUAAGCUGUAUACAGCACAAAGUGACCCAAUUUUUCAACGUCUAAAACUCUUUGUUCUAUCACAGAUUCGUUUAAGUACAUCUUCAAUUGCACAUUUCCAAAACCAAGACGAUCACCAGUGACAUUUCGUAGAUCUUUUUUCCUUUGUAUGAGUAGGUCUCUUGCCGUGCGGUUUUUGAACUUGCAAAUGAUUGCUGAGUCUUUUCUUAAGGCUUAUUCUGUGACAGGCUUCAAUUCGAGCUUCAAUUGACUCGCUGCCACAGUCAACGCCAAC